UGGUACCUGUUGGUAUCAUUACUGCAAUGAUUCAGCUGUAGGAUCACAUUCAUCAGUUGGCAUACUACUCAGUAUGGCAGGCAACGUUUGAUGUUUCAAAUGACGUAGUUGCCCGAUGACGUUCAAGCUCUGUGAGAGCCUAUCCAAACCUCAAAACUCCUGCAAUAACGCGAGACUAACCCAAUAUGACAUCGGAUAAUAUGACGUCCCAGCUUGACAGCUACCUCGCAGAUGCGAUCCAAAUUGACGCCAACGAGGAAAAGAUGGCCAUUCUCAAUCUCAUCAGGGGCCGUAACAGCGCACUCAGCGUCGUGAACUUGCUUGUUGAGCAAGCCAGGCGUCUCGAGGCGAAAGGACCGUCGAAUGCGGCUUCCGAAUACCUGGAGGAUAUCCAUACCGGACUCAGCAGCCUCGCAGCCCGUGCCCCAGUUACUCACCCGCAUCUCGUCGAUUUGAUCGAGCUCCUCCACAAGAGCCAAGAAGAAGUCGUCCGAAUCGGAUUCUUCGGCUCCUUUGGAAUGCAGCAUGGCGACUACCACCGAUACCUCGAAUCCGACCCCGAGCAAGCUGAAAAGUAUAUCAACAUUAACAGCUUCGAAGCCCGCCUGUGGAAUCGACUAGGGCGCGACUUCGGAUACGAGGUUACCAGCGACCCUACUGAGAAAUUGUCUCAGUCGGUGGAGGCGUCAUUGCCUGACAAUCACGGAGCACAGACGGUUGAUGCCAAGAUUUCGACGGGUUGCAUGUGGAUGCUUCACGCCGGUGGGGCGAUCUGGACGCUUUCGCGCCAAGAAGACAAUGACGAGGUAGGAAAUCAAUUCAGAGGAUGUCUCUGGAAGGAUGGGAAGAACGGCUACAGUAUGGCGCGCUGGGAGUUUUGGUUGGAACGUUUCAACGCGAUUUCACGGGGAGAUGGGCCAGAGGUCACUGCUGAAACUCGAGGCUACGCGAGUGCAGCAGCGCGUGUGAUGAAGGAACUCCAGGAGGCUAAAGGCGUUUGAUGAAUAGUAUACCUUCAGUCGGUGGGAGAAAUCUAGUAACCAGUGGGCCGAAGAUCCACAGCAGCAUUGCCGUACUUAUUUCAGCAAUCUGAAGAAUUUCUACGAGAGUCUCAGAGAUUAUUGAUGGAGGAUGUACGAUCUCAGAUUUCUCGACGUGACGGCAUGAGCUACCGAAGUACCUACAUAGCAGCCCACUGCACGUUUUAGACUUUGAGCAGCCGCGAUUGGGAUUAUACAUUCCAAAAACGCACCCAGAAUUUGCAAGCAGAGCUAUUUGAGAGUUGAAGACACAUCGCAAGCAAACAUCAAUUCCUCAUAUCAUAUGCUCACAAUUGUCCGGGCACAAUUCGA